CGGGGGUUGAGCAGAUGCCGCGUUUAAGUACUAGUCGGAACUAGGAAACUCUGAAUUUUCGGACUCGCUAUAACUGUUCGAUCGCGUCGCGUGUAUGACUAGGCUACAACCUUUAGCGAGUCGAACAUUUCAGAAUUUCCUAGUUUCGACUAACGCGUGAACGCGACAAGACAGACCUGUGCGAGCGGCCUGUUGCUACUCACUACGUAGACACAGUUUAAACUCUGUAGUGUCUUUGACGUAGGUGUCGUUUGCCUGCUAGUGGCUUUCACUGUAAAAACAUGGCGAGGUUUAGCGAGCAUGGGAUUCGCCUCAGUUCCAUGAGUCCGUCCUUCCUGAAUAGUAAUUCAACAAGUCAUACGUGGCCUUUCAGCGCAGUUGCAGAACUAAUAGAUAAUGCGUCAGACCCGGGCGUGACGGCCAGGCAGAUCUGGAUAGAUGUGGUGGAGGAACAGCAGCAGCUCUGUCUGACCUUCACUGACAACGGCAGCGGAAUGACCCCCAACAAACUGCACAAAAUGCUCAGUUUUGGUUUCACAGAGAAAGGGUCUGGUAAGGGCAGCCACCAGGCCAUCGGUGUCUAUGGAAACGGCUUUAAGUCUGGCUCCAUGCGUCUGGGUCGUGACGCUCUGAUCUUCACUAAGAACGGAGGCUGUCUGACCGUCGGCAUGCUGUCCCAGAGCUACCUACAGGCUAUAAAGGCACAGGCUGUCAUCGUCCCCAUAGUGCCCUUCAACCAACAGACCAAAGUGCUGGUAGUGACUGAGGACUCUGAGGCCAGUCUGAAUGCCAUCCUGACCCACUCUCUGAUCCACACUCAGAAGGAGCUGCUGCAGCACUUUGAGUCCAUCCUCUCCAAGAAGGGCACUAAGAUCCUCAUCUGGAACAUACGCAGGAACAAAGAUGGUAAGCCGGAGCUGGAUUUCGAGACAGAUGAGUUUGACAUCCGGAUGCCAGAGAUCCACUCAGAGGAGACCAAGACUAGAGGCAGGAAGAAGAGCUUCCCUGGACCCCAGAGGACUGACCACACCAUCCCAGAGAUGGACUACUCCCUGAGAGCCUACCUCAGCAUCUUGUACCUGAAGCCUCGGACUCAGAUCAUCCUGCGACAGAAGAAGGUUCAGACCAAGCUGGUCGCCAAGAGCCUGUCGCAGAUUGAGAACGAUGUUUAUAAACCCCAAUUCAAUAAAGACAGAGUUAAGGUCACCUUUGGGUUCAACCGUAAGAACAAAGACCACUAUGGCAUCAUGAUGUACCACAAGAACCGCCUCAUCAAGUCCUAUGAGAAGGUUGGCUACCAGAUCAAGUCGUCAGGUCAGAGGGCAGGGGUUGGGGUUAUUGGAGUCAUUGAGUGCAACUUCCUGAAGCCGGCUCACAACAAGCAAGACUUUGAAUACACCAAAGAGUACAGGCUGACCCUGUCGUCCCUGGGGCUGAAGCUCAACGACUACUGGAAUGAGAUGAUGGAGAAAAAGGCGAGAGAACGAGAGUUCCUGGCAGCGGAGAAGAAGAAUGAAGAGGAAGAUGAGGAGGAGGAGGAAGAGGAGGAGAGUCCAGUGUGGCUGCAGUGUGAGGACUGUCUGAGGUGGAGGCGUGUCCCAGAAGGCCACUACAGCUCCACCCCUGAACACUGGAGCUGCAGCCAGAACCCCAACACCAUGCUCAGGAGCUGCUCUUUGCCAGAGGAAGCAGAGGAGAGUGAAGAAGAGUUAACGCCAAGCUACCAGAAGAAGACCUACAAGAAGGACCAAGGCCUGGUCAGAAAACGAGGCCGUCCGCGGAAGCACCAUGUACUCCCCCAAGGCCUGUCUGAGCCGGUCCUCCUCCGUCCCCUACCCCGUGAUGCCCCCCUGCCUCUGACUGAACCGGUCCUCCUCCGCCCUCUACCCCCUGAUGCCCCCCUCCAUCUGCUCACAGAGGAGACUGAGAAGAGCGAGCAGAAUAAGCCAGUGGCUCCACUGGUGGCCACUUUAGAGGAUGACGAGGACAACAUGGCACAGUCCCAGUCUGGGUCAGAGACAUGCGCACACACGCGCGCAUGCAAACGCUCAUACAGCAGAAACAAGCGGAAGUCAAUAUGGCCGCCCAGGGACAUGGAAAAGAGACCACAACCAUGGGCGGGUCCACACCCAUUCGCUGACGAGAUCCAAGAUGUGCAACAACCUGGGAAAGACGGCAACGAACCACAGACACUGACUGGGCAGACAGAGAAGACCAAGGGGGAAAAGGCACCACUCGGGGCCACCAGAGGAGGCCUUUCCCAGCCCAGCUCCAGCCUUGCCUGGCCUCCCUCCCUCACUUCAGCCCAGACGGUGGUGGUGUCCCCCUUGAGUCGUCCGGAGGGCCCCUGGCCCCGGGCUCUGACCCUGGAGGGAGCUGGUUCAGAAAGGGGAGCCCUGGUCCAGAGACUGGCUGGACUGGAGAAGGAGGCUCAGAGGCUGAGGAGGAUACUGGGUUCCAACGCACCCCCAGCAACGCAGGAUACUGUGGUGAUGACAGAGGCUGCCUCUGGGGAUAAGGCAUCUGGUGGGGCGGGGGCGGAGACAACGGUGGCCAUGGUAACCAAACAGGACCCAAAGGAGUGUGAGAGCUCAGCUUCCCCUGGCAUACCAGGGCUGGUUGUGGAGGGCAUCCAGCCCCAGAGAGAGCAGCCUGAGCUGGGCAGGCUGAGGAGGGAGAAGGCUGACCCCCAGAGCAGGCUGAGACAGACUGACAGCCCAGUGACCAGGGACCAGAGCUCCCGCAUUGUGCAGGAGAACCUCCACAAAAUCCGAGGGAACGUGGUGGCUCUGCUGUCAGCCAUCCUGCCCCACCUGGACCUGCAGGGCAUCAGCCUGGAUACGCCAGACGUAGACAGCAUCCUGCAGCAGAUCAUAGACGCCAACUCACUGUCUCCACUCUAGAACCCACUCUCAGUGCUCUAGAACCCACUCUCAGUGCUCUAGAACCCGCUCUCAGCACUCUAGAACUCACUCUCACCACUAGUACUUAUGCUCACCACUCUACUGUAGGUAACAUAUCGUUUAUUUUUCCAUACCAACCUGGAACCCCUAUGUCCACAACACAUUAUCCACACACUGACUCACAUUGUAAUGGCUGACCCAUCUUAAUAGCCCGACUGACUAUCACAUUGUAAAUACUUCAUCCCCAAUUGACCCUGCCUAAGUUCAGAUGCGUUGUACUGUACUCGUUGAGUGUGAGAUGUUGUAAUACUGUACUCAGAUCAGCUUGCUAUGCUGUAUGUUUUACCUUCACCAUAUGUAAAGGAUCCACAUAAGUAACCAGCAGUCUGCUUCAUUUAAUAUCAUGUGUUAUUACUUGUCAAUCAGAGACCCUGGCUUGUGUGAGAAAAGUUGAGAAGCCUAUUACUGUUUGCUUUUCAUCCUUGCUACUGUUUUUAAUACGUUUGUUAAUUAUUUUGUCAUUUUAAUAUAUGAACAUGUUCCUUGAUAGUGUUAGGGCUGGACUUAAACAACCCUGUCAUUACAAUGUUUUAUAGUUUUACCGUUCGUUUGCUUGCAUAUCUUUUUAAAGAAAAUCAACCAGG